GCCAUCCCGUCCUGCGUUCAGAUGUUUGGAGGCAGUCUAUUGGGCUGUCCUUAAGCAUACGUGUUUAAGGCCCGAGUCCCAGUAUGCUGUUUUCCAGGAUGCGUUCACUAUACCUACUGUCGUUAGGCCAUCCCGUCCUGCGUUCAGAUGUUUGGAGGCAAUCUAUUGGGCUGUCCUUAAGCAUACGUGUUUAAGGCCCGAGUCCCAGUAUGCUAUGUUUGAAUCUGUGGUGACGGAAUAUCUUGAAAUAACGCUUAAUAAAAAUUGGUCUCUUUUCGGAAUUCUAGAAUUUGUGCGAUCGAAAUCGAACCCCAAAUUAUCUGUGGCCACAAUCGAUGAUUUCAAAGAUGAUUUGUAUAAAAUAUUAAAAAAAUAUCAAGACAAGUGUAAUGUUCACGUAAAUGCCAAAAACAAGGCAUCAAAGAUUUUAUCGAAUUUUGAUUCAUCAUUUUCCACUGCCGAGGUUAAACAAUUCAUUAAGAAUCUUGAAUAUCAUGAGGAAGCGCGAAUAAACACAAAUAGACUUACCAAAAAUUUUUUAGGAUCAACAAGAAACCAAAUACUUAUUGAUCAAUUACGAGGAACAUCCUCGGAAAAGGGAAAGGAACGUGAAAAAAUUACUAGACCACUCGAUGCGGAAGAAGAUGAUGACUAUUCGUACAAACGUCAAUGUAAAGACGAAGGACUAUCAGAUUUGAUCGAGGUUUCAGAUGAUGAAGAACCCUUUGUUGAAUGGGAGUUUGAUACACCGAAACCAAGUUGGCUGGAUAAAAUAGCACUCGAGCGCGAUUCAUUAAUUUACGAUGCUUUUAAUUGUAGUAAUAAAAUGACUCAAUAUGAAUUGUCAUUAAA